AUGGAAUAUGACCAAGAUGCAUCUUUUUCCCCUCCUCCUUUCGAAGCAGCAGGUAAUCGCUAUUCGCUUCGGGAGCUUACACCUGCUAUUCCUGAGCGUCACAGCAUCGACGAGCAUGAUUAUCUUGCGCAAUCAUUACUGCCUCCGCCUUCGGACGACCUUCACCCUUCUUUCAGCCCUCCAUGGCACUCCGAGACCCCACGACAAAGUUCUUCAAAAGACCCGAACACAAGCUCCUGGCAAGAACGCCAGAAUGCGGCUACAUGUGGAAGUCUGCGCCGGCGCCCAACUCGCAAAAUUAAUUUGAUCCAAGGCUCCGUAUUAAGUGUCGAUUAUCCCGUUCCAAGCGCUAUCCGCAACGCAGUCGAAACGAAAUACCAUGAUCCCAAUGGAUCCAGUCCUGAAGAGUUUACACAUCUAAGAUAUACGGCUGCUAUCUGCGACCCGGAUGACUUCAACUUACGCAACGGCUACAACCUACGGCCUGCCAUGUAUAAUCGACAUACCGAACUACUCAUCGCCAUCACUUAUUACAACGAGGACAAGGUUCUCACUGCUCGAACUCUACAUGGAGUCAUGCAAAACAUCCGAGACAUUGUCAGUCUUAAGAAAACCAAGUUCUGGAAUAAAGGAGGUCCUGCUUGGCAAAAAAUUGUGGUUUGUUUGGUCUUUGAUGGAAUUGGUCCUUGUGAUAAAGAUACACUCGAUGUUCUAGCUACUGUUGGGGUUUACCAGGAUGGCAUAAUGAAACAUGAUGUUGAUGGCAAGGAAACCACGGCACACAUAUUUGAAUAUACCACGCAACUAUCGGUAACUCCUACACAACAAUUAGUCCGUCCUCAUCAUGAUGAUCCGAAAAACCUCCCACCAGUCCAGAUGAUCUUUUGCCUGAAGCACAAUAAUUCCAAGAAGAUCAAUUCCCACCGCUGGUUGUUCAAUGCUUUUGGGCGGAUCCUGAAUCCAGAGGUGUGUAUAUUAAUCGACGCAGGCACAAAACCAGGUCAUAAAUCCUUGCUUGUUUUAUGGGAAGCGUUCCAUAACAACAAACACCUUGGAGGGGCAUGUGGUGAAAUCCAUGCCUUACUUGGCCGACACUGGAAAAUGCUUGCGAAUCCAUUGGUUGCUGCACAGAACUUUGAGUAUAAGAUCUCAAAUAUCCUGGACAAGCCUUUUGAGAGCAUGUUUGGAUAUGUUAGUGUCUUACCUGGUGCAUUUUCUGCUUACCGUUACCGUGCCAUCAUGGGUCGACCUCUAGAACAGUAUUUCCAUGGUGAUCACACACUGUCGAAAAGGUUGGGCAAAAAGGGCAUUGAAGGGAUGAAUAUUUUUAAAAAGAACAUGUUCUUAGCCGAGGAUCGCAUUUUGUGCUUUGAGCUUCUUGCAAAAGCAGGGUUCAAAUGGACAUUGAGUUACGUGAAAGCUUCAAAAGGAGAGACUGAUGUCCCGGAAGGUAAGCUAUAA